ACAAGCACAACAACAAAGCAUGACGGAGGUUCCCGAGAUCUACGCCUUGCGGCGGAACCACGAUGAUAUUGUCGGGGCCAUGUCGCACGACUUGGACUACUUCAAGCGCAUGUUCGUGCAGGCAGGUUUCAUACGGUCACCCAACGCCAGUGACAUCAUGGGUCUACUAGGGGUACCCGCCUCCGAGAAGGCGGGGCAGCUCCUCGAGUCACUCCUGACCCAAAUCUCCGAGUCUACGCCUCAGGAAACGCGGCAGCAGAAGUUUCACAAGUUUGUUCAAAUGCUAAUGAGAGAGGCGUCUACGGAAGAUCUCGGCAACAGAAUUCUGCACAGUUAUGAGAAUCCAGAAACAGCACCUGUGUGGAAAAGACAUGCAACUAGAAUCUGUGGAUCACACACAUUAUACUGGACUAUUGGAGUCGGCAUAGCAGCCAUAGCAAUUGGAAUAUACUUCACACGCAUCAGUCAAGAGAAUCGACAGGCAGAAAGACGCUGUGCCAAGCUCCACUCUGAGAACAUGAACACUUGUCUUGAACUGGGGGAGAACUUUGGCGUCAAGCAGGAGGUGUUGGAUACCUACAGAGACAGUGGGAAAAUGCCAGAGGAAGUUUGUCUGGAGCUGUUAGACAUGUGGCAGAAGGCUGGGCAGGUCAGCUCCCAGGACAUUGAGAGUUUGUCAAUGGCCGGAAUACUGGGGAUUCAAAAGGAGCUGGCAGCAAAGGAGAUGAAGGCAGACAUUAGG